AUGUAAGACAAUCUCGAUUUUUCUUGUUUUUUAACCACAUUAAAAGAGUUAUCCCUUAUAAAAUCUGCCUAACUUUAGUUAACCCUAGAAGAUUAAUUUACCGAAUAGCUUAUUAUAUUUGCUAAGUAAGAUUAGAUGAUCAGCUUAAAAAUAUGCAACUCAUUUGAAGAUAAAUGGGUGAAUGUUGAGUAACUUGUAUAAUUAUUUAUAAAAUGGAUUUAAAGUAAUAAGCUAGACUCCUAUAAAAAAGAAUCUCUAAAAGUUGAAAUUUUGCACACAAAUAAACUUAAAAACUACGCAAUUUAAAAAGUAAUAAUAAAUUCUUUAACUUAUCUAUUUUUAGAUAAAAUUGAUAGCUAUGAUCCUUAUAAAACAAACAUCGAUAUUUGGUACCACUAUAAGAUGACAAUUAUUUAACUGUGCAUGUUAAAUAAGAUAGUAAAAAAGUACAUACCACUUUUACCAUAGCUAGUUAUAUAUGAUUUAUAUGAAGACUACUGA